CUGUGCUCGCGAAGCGCUGUUAGCGCUGAUCAGCAUUUGGCUUCACGUGCGCUUAUGGUUUUUGAAAAUAAAAAUGUGGAAUAUCUGAAAAUAUUUUUAUAAAAUAUCUGUGUCACGCAAAAGCUGCCGAAAUGCAGGUUUCCGCUCCAAAUAAUAUAAAAAUCUAUAAUCUCAGCGCUGGGAAAUCUCUCCCCGAGUGGUUAUCUGAACGAAAACGUAGGACUUUAUCCAAAAAGAAUGUUGACAUACGACGGCGCAUCGAACUUAUUCAAGACUUCAGCAUGCCUGGUGUUAGCACUUCCAUUAAAGUUUCUAAAGAUGGACAGCAUAUCCUUGUGACAGGAAUUUACAAACCAUGUGUAAAAUGCUAUGAUGUACAACAGUUGUCAUUAAAGUUUGAGAGAUGCCUUGAUUCUGAGGUGGUUACUUUUGAAAUUUUAUCAGAUGACUAUAGCAAAUUAAUAUUUUUACAUUGUAAUCGUUAUAUUGAGAUUCACGCUGCUUAUGGGAAGUAUUACAGGCUCAGGGUGCCACGCUUUGGAAGAGAUAUGAAAUAUCAUUAUCCGUCAUGUGAUACUUUCAUCGUAGGUGACGGUAAUCAGAUAUAUAGGAUAAAUCUCGAACGUGGUCAAUUUCUACAACCGUUUGAGACAAAAGCGACUUCGAUAAAUAAAUGUGAUAUAAAUCCGUUGCAUCACUUACUUGCUGUUGGUACACAAGAAGGAAAAAUUGAGGCUUGGGAUCCAAGGAUGAAAAAUAGAGUUGGUGUACUGGACUGUGCCCUACAUUGUAUUACUCAGGACAAAUUCGAAGCAGUUCCAUCGGUCACGGCUGUGAGAUUUCAAGGAGGUCUAAAUCUAGGAGUUGGCACAUCAACGGGACAAAUCAUGCUGUACGAUAUAAGAUCCAAUAAACCAUUUUUGAUGAAGGAUCACAUGUACGGCUUGCCAAUCAGGAACAUCGAGUUUCAUGAAAGGAUGAACCUCGUUUACUCUAUGGACAGUUCCAUCGUGAAAAUAUGGGAGAAAAAUAGUGGCAAGAUUUACACUUCCAUAGAAGCCCAGCACGAUUUCAACGAUUUGUGCGUCGUACCAAACACCGGUAUGCUCAUGAUGGCUAACGAAGCCACAAAGAUGCAGGUAUAUUACAUUCCUAGUCUCGGACCCGCCCCUUACUGGUGCAGUUUUCUCGACAACCUCACGGAAGAAUUAGAGGAACAAAAUUACGAUAUCAUCUACGACGAUUACAAGUUCGUCACUGAGAAGGAAUUGGACGAACUGGGUCUUCUGCACUUGAAAGGCACCAAUCUGCUCAGGGCUUACAUGCACGGUUACUUCAUGGAUGCCCGAUUAUACAGGAAAGCAAGAGACGUGAUGAAACCGUUCGAGUUCGAAGAGUACAAGAAGAGGAGAAUUCGAGAGAAGAUGAAAGAGGAGUGCGCUAACAGAGUACAGGUGCAAAAGUUACCGAGCGUGAAUCCGGAGCUGGCGUUAAAAUUAAUAGAGAACGCGAGCAAUAAAAAUCGCAAGAAACAGGAGUCUUCCAAUCUGCUGAGAGACGAGCGAUUCAAGGCUCUCUUCAACAACCCGGAUUUCCAAGUGGACAAACAUUCCGAGGAGUUCAUUCUGUUGAAUCCCGUUAUUUCGCAACUCGACAAGAGCAAGGCUAAAGAACUAAAGAAACGACAAUUGGCGCGGGAGAAGGAAGAGACGCAGGACAAGCCCGAAGAGGAUGAAGCACAAGGCCGUAGCUCGGACGAGAGUUUCAUACACGAUAGUUCUGAUAGCUCGGACGAUGAGAAGCUGUGGGCCAAAGAAGUGCGAAGGAAUUAUCGUUUAAUAAGGAAGAACGAGAGAGAGAAGGAACAAGAGAACAGUGGGGAGGAGGAUAAUAACCCGGCCGCUGAGAACGAGCCGAGGCUAAAGAAAGCUAAAAAUGUCGUGAAGUUUGAGGAGGGCAAGCCGAUGGAGAGGAGAAACAAACUGUCGUUCGCGGAGAGACUGAAGAACGAGGGAACGCAGGACAUUAAGAUGUCCGAUUCGCACGGUUGUCGAGAAAUGACCUUUAGCGUCGGCAAGAGAAAACGACCUGUGGAAACGAAACAUCUGAGGAAAGAGUUCAAGCACCUGUUACGGCCGGCGGGGAAUAUUUUCAAGAAGAAACAUUAGUUUUUAUCAUUUAAUGGAUCUUUGUACGCGCUGUGUAUUGUUGAGUAAAUGAAGUAUGUAUUUAAA